AUGAGCCAACGACAACAAGACAAUCUACCUGUUUACAGUAAUGGAGUUGGUAAGGGUGGUUUUUAUAUUUUGAAGGGGUUUUCUUAUGAUUUGAAGGUUUAGGGUUUGGGCAGGGUAAAAUUUUAUGCUGUGUAAAAAUUUGGGCAAAGCAAUAUUUUAAGCAGGGCAAGAUUUUGGGCAGGGUAUGAUGUUGGACAGGGUAACAUUUUGGGCGGGGUAAGGUUUUAAACAGGGCAAGAUUUUGAGCAAGAUAAGGUUUAGGGCAAGGUAAGAUUCCGGGCAGGGUAUGAUUUUGGGGAGGGUAAGGUUUUGGGCAGGGCAAGAUUUUGUGUAGGGUAGGAUAGGGUAGGGUAAGGUAGGGUAGGGUAGGGUAGGGUAGGGUAGGGUAGGGUAGGGUAGGGUAGGGUAGGGUAGGGUAGGGUAGGGUAGGGUAGAGUAGGGUAGGAUAGGGUAGGGUAGGGUAGACUAGGGUAGGGUAGGGUAGGGUAGGGUAGGGUAAGGUAGGGUAGGGUAGGGUAGGGUAGGGUAGGGUAGGGUAGGGUGGGGGUAGGGUAGGGUAGGGUAGGGUAGGGUAGGGUAGGGUAGGGUAGGGUAGGGUAGGGUAGGGUAGGGUAGGGUGGGGGUAGGGUAGGGUAGGGUAGGGUGGGGUAGGGUAGGGUAUCAAAUAAAAAUGGCAUUUUCUCUUUUCAGACCUCCGCCCAAUCGUUUUUCUCUUCUUUAUAUUAACCCUCCUGGCCGGCUUUCUAGUCUUGGGAGGGUUAGACAUCGUAAGAAAAUCCUUCAAAGCCACGCCCACGUUAGAGGAACAUUCGGACGUUCUAGAGAACGUUGAAAAUACAGUAUCCGAAGUUGACGUUCAGCAAUGGAUUUACAAAUUUGGGGCAGUCCGCUGCCCAGCUAGACUAAAUCAGACAAUGGACUACGCCUUUGAAGAGCUGGACUUACAGCUAGGAUUGGCAUUUUUGGACAAUCAGUACAAGGUUAGUGCAAGAACUUUCCUUACAAAGCAAGACAUAAUUUCAAUUUCCAUCGUAUAACAUGUCACUCACAGGCUGCAGGUUUCAAAAUUGCCUGUUUUGGAAAAAAAUGACAAGAACUUUCUUUACAAAACAAAAAAUGGCAAGAACUUUCUUUAAAAAACAAAAAUGGCAAGAACUUUCUUUACAACAAACAUUUUUAGUUCGCCGACCUCCGCGAGACAAUUGAACGUAUGCGCCCACUAAUUGCAAACUGCGCUCUCGACCAGGAAUGGAAUAAACUGGCACAAAUCACUCAUUUUCGUCAAAGCUUAGGCGAAAUACGUCACAAAUGGUAG